AUGAUGCACUCGGAGGAGAGCGACGGCAGGAGAGGCAGGCUCAGGCAGCCAGACGGAGGAAAAGCCAUCCCCGGAGUGGCCAUCCCCAAGGAGCCCCAUCCAGGAGCAGCCGGAGGCUGCAGGCGUUCAGCGCUCGACCAGGCCCUCGCCCUUCAAGCCCCCGUUAGGGGUUCUGUCAUACUGGGCGGCUUCCUCGAGCCGACACAGACCACCGGAGGAGACAAGGAGGUGGUGGUGGUGGAAAGCUCCCUCUCUACCCCGCUCCACUCUCUCUCACAUUUCCCUCUUCACCUCUCUUCUCUCCCAGGAUAUCGCUGCUUCAAGGCGGUCAUGUUCCUGUCGGGCCUGAUGUUCGGCUCUGUCAUAAUCUUCCUGUUGUGCCACAAGGAGCGGGUGCUGGACACCCAGCUGAGUGUGGAGGCCUCGGCGGGUAUCGGCCUGGGCAUCGGCCUGCUGUGUGGCCUGGUCACCAUGCUGGUUCGCUCCGUGGGUCUCUUCAUGACGGGUCUGUUACUGGGCCUGCUACUUGCCCUCGCCACGCUGCUGGUCACCCACCAGUUCUACACACCCACCACCGUCUGGGUGCCCCUAGGGGUGCUGCUGGGCACUGGCAUGCUGUUCGCCGUGCUCACCCUACAGUGGCAGAAGCUCUUCACCGUGUUGUCUACGUCUGUGUUCGGGGCGGCCAUCAUGACGGUGUGCGCCGACUACUUUGUGGAGAUGCUGGCGCUGGCCAGACACGCGUAUCAGUGCUUGAGGCUGUCACCGGCGCCGUCGCUCUGCUGGUACAGCUGGGUGAUCGUGGGUAUCUGGCCGGCACUCAGCUUCAUGGGGGUGCUGGUGCAGUGGAAGCUGACGGCCGUGGGGUUCUCACACACUGAGGUCAUCAUCAGCAGGAGGCAGAAGCGGGUCCAGUUGAUGCGGAUCAGACAGAAAGAUGUCAAGAAGCGCCAGCAGAACAGUGGGCAGGAGGGCACAUACCGUCGCAAGCCCCCCCCUGUCAAACGCUAUGCCGGAGACCUGCUGGCACCAAGCUACCUGCAGAGUCUUAGGGACAGACAGAUGGGCACAGGCAACUCCCUCAGCAGCCUGGGCACUACCAACCACACAAUAAUCGACUUUGACUACGAGACAAGCUCCACCGUACCCCUCACCGUCACCACACCUGUCAACAGGGUCUGACGCACCGAGGGACAGACGGGGGACGACUCGCUUGUUUCUUGUUCCCCCUCCAUAGUCCUCCUCCCUAUGUAGUGUACUGUUGACCCUAUAGACAAUGUGAGAGUCUAUUGAACAAUGGACGUUCCUUACAUUGACUUGGAAAAGGGCCUUGAAUGCUGUCCAAGUGAAGAUCAAAGCACACCUCCAGUGUACUGUACUGUACCUCGUUUGGAAUGGCAGACUGGAAGGCAAUGGAAUGGGUCCUCGAUCUGUGAGCUGUUCCCUGAGAGUGGUUGGUGUUUGGCCCCCCGUUUGAUGUGUGCUGUAAUCACUCUUUCAAUAGACUGGGCUUGUGUGGCCUCUCCCUGUGUUGUCUGCUCUGAGCGGUGGCAGGUCCAUGUGAAAAGUCUGAAGGCAGCUUCUGCUAGAGAGAAACAAACAGAAAGUGAGAGCACUGAAAUGCUAUGGGGUUAGGACAGAGCAGAGUACACAGUCAGAAGAAGGAGCAGAAAUGAUCUCAUCUAACUUCUGAGGUCGUAUACUUUCUCUGGUGCCAUUAUGUGAUUGUUUGAUUACAUGUGGGAGAAAUCACUUGACUGAUGAAAACAGACUUGUUUUUGCUGUUCAGAAAGCAAUACUGGGAAUGGAAAUGGCCAUGAAUAGCACGAGAGCUACCUCCUCGAGUGAUUUCAACUUUUAUAAUUGGAGUUAUCUGUGCUUUAAUGACUUGAAAUUAACCAGUUGUGUGUAAACUCGGGUCAACCGCCUCACAGAACAGGACACCAGCUGAUGUUGACAAGGCACUGUGACGGGACAAAGAAGAGGACAUUUCGAGAUACAUUUCUCUGACCAGUGUUUUCUGUCUGUGUGAGUGUGUGUGCGUUUGUAAUGUUAACGUGUGUGUAUUGCUGUUUACUUGUCCCUUUUUCGAAGUAACUGCCUGUAGAGUGCAGUAGGUUCAGGUCCAGAGAGAUACACGGCAGCCAUUUUGUGCCUAAAUACAAUGGAGAUUACAUGGGCAACUGUUACAAGUGACAUUUACGUUUGUUUUCAUUGGAACUGCAGUGCCUUUUUUAGCGGUAGCAAUACUGCAAUACUAUACAAUGUUUCAAACCAUACUUGGUUAUGCCAGUUAUUUUUGAGCAGUAGCUUGUUUUCAUUACAAUUUCGAGGCAGUUUUACCUGUGUAGUACCUGUAUUCAGCAAUGUAUAUGAACAAUAACAUUGAAGGAAUGUGCUAUGGAAAAAAUGUUAGCAUAAAUUUGCUGUACUCUAGGUUACUAAGGAAUUAUCAGUGUUUUAAAAAUUGUAAUUUACUUUUGUUUUAGAAUUUUAGAGGGACAGUAGGCCUACUCUCACUCAGUACUCUCAACUCUUCUGAAUCUGUACAGAAUUGUCAAUAGGAAAUUGAAAGAUAAACCAUUAAAUUAGUUUAAAAACAAAA